GCGCAAUUAAUAUGUGUAUUUGGUGAAUGCGCACAUACGCGAUUGUGCUGGACAUGCUGAGGCUGCUGGAACAUGCCUGAUAGACAAACGGAAUAAUCAGCAAGUAGUUGAUGGGCUCGGCCAGGCGAACAGCCAUGACUGUUGCCAUCGCUUGCUAGGACAUGGGGGUCUCCUGUUCGAUAGAAGGCACGUUGGUAUCAGUGGCAUUGCCCACGAUGCCAGGAUUGUGCGAUGCCGCUUGCGAGGACAUUGGCUGUAAUAACAGUCGACCAGAAAUAACAGAUAUCACAAAACUACCGGCUGAAGAAAGAAAGGAGGAGCCCCCAAGUGAGUGGACAGAUGCUCGCUUGCGUAUGAUGUGUGGCACAUGGGGAGGGGUAGGCCACAGGGUAGCUGGCAUUUGGCAGAUUCGAUUUGGACGCAGAUUCAACGUGUGGUCCUCAAACCGACCAAGCACGAAUAUGACAGAGCACAUGCCACUACGAUUGCCCAUCUAGAAAGUCAGAGCUCUACACUAUUAAAACACAGCGUUGUUAGAAGACCAGGCAAGCAAAGUGCUGGCU